AACAAACUUCAACAACCUUUCCAGUUCUUCAGUAUUAUUUCUGUUCGCGAGUCAGGCGCGUCGUAGGAAUAAAAAUUCUUCAUAAUCAGUGAAAUUUCGAGUGCUAAUUAUGCCAAACACCACUGGAGGCUCAAAGUGGCGCCCAAUGGCCCUCAAUAACUCGAAACAUGCCCACGUUUCGAAAUACGCCUUCGAACACAUGGAAAUACCUUUUCCAACGUAUUCCUCUGCUUGUGACAGGACGACCAGUCCCACGAAGAUCAACAUCAUCGUCUCAAAUAUCCCACUGAUAAACGCUCGGAUCAUGAAUCUAACGUUUCUUUCACUUGGAGCAACCAUGAAUCUCUUGAUCGUCCUAGUGAUCCUCUCGAAAUCAUCCAUGAGGACGUCGUGGCACCUGUACAUCGUCAGUAUGGCCUGUUCCAACAUGCUGAUCCUGAUGGAGCCUCUCGAAGAAGUACUCAAAUGGUUGUUCGAUGUAAAAAUGAAGCUAAAUAUGGACUACGUCUGCUUGAUCAACUUCGACGUAUCGAUAAUAACAAUAGCAAUUUUGAAGUUCAUGCUCUAUAUAAACAUUUUUCAGCGUCAGACACCUUUUGGGUAUGUACUUGUGAAACGGUACACCACCGUAAAAGCGAUCUUUUUAGUUUGGGUCUCGUGCACCAUGUCCAUUGCUAUUGGAUUGCAUAUAUACGAUUUCUUCGAGGGGGACAUGGCUGAUAUGUACGUUUGGAGCACGUUUAUGUUCUCCGUUCUACCGCUUAUUAUAUUCGUCGUUCUGGAUUCACUGAUCAUUUACGAGCUGAUGAUACUGAAGGCUAUCGAAGGAUCGUGGCGAUCGAAUCAGUUGAGACAUUAUUAUAUGUUGGUGAUCAUAGGGAUCGUGUUUUUCCUGAUUCGAGCACCAUAUCGAAUCGCAAGGGCGAUCAAUUUCAUUGAACCCAAAGCGUUAUGUUGCACAGACGGCAAAAGGGAAGUGCUCUAUUUCAUGGCCAAGACGUUCCCGAUUAUUUUUGCAAUCAUUUACAUCUCAUUGUCUACUGAAUUUCGGAAAUCUCUUCAGGAGAUUCUAAGAUGCCAGUGUCAACCUUCUAACGAAACGCAUGUUGAUAUAAUUGUUUAACAAUACACUGACUGCAAUCGAUAAAUCAUUACGACUUGAUAAAAAUUGCAGCAAAAAUAAGAAUAUUCUCCUGAUGUGUAGGAGAAUCGAAAAAAGAUACACCGGCAAUUUCCAGCACAUUUGUAAAGCAGAGAAGAGAGGCUGGGUGUCACACUCGCAAAGUUGCGAAUUCAUUGCACUCUCUGUAUGCAAAUUCGGCCACGUCUGCCGAGUGCUUAAGUCGAUGGAGAGCCGUGCUUACGUGCGAGCACGCGUGUGCUCGACCGAAUAACUACGUGCACUUUGUAUCUGCCAGACUGCCAGAGGAAAAAAAAGAACUAAAAAAGAGCUCCAACCAUAAUCUUUCUAGUACCUAAACGAGAAAAUUCCCUUCGAAAACUCCAAUUGUUAAUGCCUUAUCGAUGCAUACCGAAGAAGUUGUACUUUGCAAAAGUUUCAAACGUAUGUCUUGGUACAAAAAGUACCAAUGUCAUAUUUUUGAAAAAAUUAAUUAUUGAAUUCGUAAACAAUUGUAUAUUCUAUCUCAAAUUCUAUCUAGAAAUUAUUAUGUUAACAUUUGUACAUGCUACAGUCAAACUUUUUCAUAAAAUAAAUUCAUGUAUUUUUGUAAAAGACACAAAUAGAAUAAGCUUUAAUGCUUUCUUUUUUUAUUAGAAAAGAAAUCAAGGCCGAAUCAAGAUUUCUGGGACCCAGGACUAUAAAAUCGAAAAUUUAAAUUUAUUCUGAAUAAAAUUAAAUAAUAUUUAAUCGUAAAGAAAAACGGCGAUAGUAAAAAAGUUUCAUAUUAUUAUUAAUAUUAAAUAAUAUUUUUAUUUAAUAUAAAAUACCAUUGAAAAAGCUUCAUUUCAUUUAUACUGCAAAACCUAAAGCUAUUCAUUCCUUCGAAUAAAAAACCUU